AUGUUCUGGGCACGAGAAGAAGAGGAGAAUACGUUGAUGCAGCUACUCAAAUCCGAUAACUUCACGUUAGAGGAUGUUCUGCUCAACGAGUUUGUAGUUCAAGAAUCACGAUAUGGAAAAGCCGAACUUGUCAAGUACAUCACAGCAGAAGAGAACAUGAAGGCUUUGAUGGAGCUCAGUCUGAAUCCAGUUAUCAACCCUGAUUUACCUAUGAAACAACAAUACAGACUUUCGUUCAUUGCAUCAGAAAUUCUGACUAUUCGCGGAACUGAUGUUUUUCAAAAGCUAAUCGUGACGACAGAGGAGACGAAAAAAUGUCUAGUGGAUUUUAUGAAUGACAAAGCUCCGCUGAAUCAUCUUGUUGCUGGCUUUUUUGCAAAAAUCAUGGAAUGUCUCCUGUCUCGGCAUUUUGUUUUGACAUUCGCGCUUCUUCAAAAAACUCCAUUCUUCGACAAAUGUCUCCAAAAUAUCAAUCUCGGCGCCAUUGAAUGCCUUUUGGAAAACUUAGUUAGAAUUCCAAAUACCAGCGAAGGGACAAGAGCUAUCAAACAAUGGAUGAUCGACGAGGAUAUGUUUGUGAAAAUUGUGAAUCGAAUGAGCGAGACUACAAACGACGACGACAGGGAGUGUCUUGCUGAAGUUUACUGUGAAAUUUUGAGGGAGUUGCGAGAUAAGCUCUAUAUGCUCGAGUGCAAAGAAGACAGCUUGCAUGAUAAAGCGAUGGAAGAAGAGCUGAUUGCAAAAAUUGCUGAUAAUCUAAUCGUUGAGGAAAAUUGUUCGGACGAAGAUUUUGCAAAGAAGUCUUCGCUCGUAGCUACAUCGGCACGAAUUCUAGAAGCUUUCAUCAAAACGAACUAUGUCGCAGAUGCACCAGCUCAACACCUUGAAGAAAUCGAAAGAAAUCUGAUUGAAGAACGGCAUUACUCGUAUGGCCUGAUGCGCCCGUGCAUUGAUAACGAUGCAUAUGAGCACUCGUAUCAGCCAGAUCCUGAACGGAUUGUGGAAGGAAUCGUUGCUAAUCGUGCUUUCAAUAUCUUGCAAACAAUUUUGAGGGACAUCGAGGCUAACGGAUCGCUUUGGCAAUCUCUUCUCAGACUGCUCAUUGAACUGUGCAACACUAAUCAUUAUUCCACCCAUCAGAGGCUUUUUGAAGCUUUUCAAAAGCUACCGUUCGUGAAGGUACAUGAUUUGAUCGAAGCUGCCAAAAAGUUGCCUCUUGCUGGUGUUCUUCACUCGCAUCUCGUAAAGGUUGUCAACUUACUGCUCCACUCUGUCUUCACUUCUGGAGAUCUUUCGCCAGCUGGGGAGUAUUUGCUGACGGAAGGAGGACUCAUCAAGAACAUUUAUGAUACAGCAACAUCGUUUCAUCGAUCUGGUGACUUGAUAGCUUGUAGUGGACUUCGUUCCUUCAACCAGAACCUUGGAGAUGCUAUCAGUCGGGCCAAGAAACGCACAGUCCCGAAUCCUCGAUUGAUUGCUAUUCUGAAGGAUGACAAACGAUGGACAGAGCUCGAAGAAAUAGUUAAUAACUACAACCUGAAACAUCGACCUCAAAUGCAACACGAUUUCAAUGAUUCCAGUCUCCUUUCUUCUGUUAGAAAUGACAGUCACGGUUUCAAUGAUAGCGAGGAGUGGACAGAUGCAUCCACAAAGUUUGCUGAAAUGGAUUCAAGUUCAUCAGCAACCAGAGGCUUCGCUGCUUUUGGAUCUGCUUUCGACGCAGACUUGAAUCGGUUCUCCGAGUUUGACGGACAAUUUGAUACUCCAGAUGAGGACGAAUUCAGAAAACUGUGUUCAGAACGCGCAAAUUCAUCAUCAUGCACUGGAGCGCAGCAUGGUUUCGAAGCUAGUCCGAUCAAGUGGCCUGGUGAGCAAGACAAGGAAGAAAAGAAACCAGCUGAGCCGACCGUCGUACACAGUACGUAUCCACAAGAAACUGAGGGGAGCGAAACUAAUCUAGAUCAGGAUGAAUCAGACGGGGAGUGGGUUUGGCCAACUUCGCCACCACUUGGGGGAAACGAAGUGGUCACUGAGACUGGACCCCGACCUGAAACGAACUGGGUUUCUGAUUUGGAACCCAACUUUUCGUAUUUAGAUAAGCCACCACCACAAGAUGACAUGUGGGCUGAUUUUUCGUCGUUUCCAACAGUCAGUCCCUCAACUUCCACCGCUGUCGUAGCCCCUACCCACGACGAUCCCACAAUAGCCUGGCCAGGUGCCGACACACAUCAGCAAGGAGAGGAUUCUGAUUGGCCGCUUAACAGCUCCCAUGAUUCAAAAGCCACUGAUCCAGCAUGUGUUGGGCUUGCUGCCAGCAUCUCGCACCCGGAAAGCAGUAGCGAAGCCUAG